AUGUUCCCUCGACCCCUCGUCGCGCGGCAGACUACAUUAGCGUCGGACGGCGAGGCGAGUACGUCCACGUCCACGUCCGGAUCAGCAACCGCCUCUGCCACCCGUACCCGCACCCGCGCCUCCGCCACUUCGCCUGCAGCUUCGGCUUCGGCCUCGAGUGCAAGUUUACCUCCUACUUCAGAUGCAGAGGCCGGAAACGGGAAUGGACGCUCAAAUGGGGGUGCGGGGCUCCCCGUCAACGUGAUCGUCGGGGGCACCCUCGCGGGGAUGGCGCUCGCGAUCGCGAUCAUCAUGGCGUGGGCGUAUUGCAGUCGCGCGCUGAAGCGGCGGCGCGAGGCGGAGAGCAAGAAAGCGUACUGGGUCGAAGCGACGAAGAACAAUACGCUGCACAACAUCGCGCCGUCGAGUCCACCGAUGAUUAUGCGCGGAACGGGUCCUCCGCACCCAGUGUCGGUGAAACCGUCGAAUAGCCGGGUCACGUUCACGGGGAGAGGCCGCAAGAACUCGAGCAACUCGAGCAACGGCAAGAAUAACUUGAAGGGAGGGGAUUUGGAGAGACAAAGACCACCGCAAUACCAAGCACAAUCAUUUGUAUCAUCGACUCCAUCGUCAUCGAAACCCCAACCGUCGUUGCCGAAACCACUGAAGCCCCUGCGCCCGCCGAAGCGCAUCAACCCCGACGCUUGGGGCUACGACUCUGGGUCGGGGCUGGGGUCGCCGACGCCGUCGUUUGAAUCGAGGGAUACGACGCGGCCGCUGCUGCAGCGGGAGCGUGAUCGUGAAGGGGAGGGGAAGGGGGAACGAGAGGAGAGGGAGAGGGAGCGGAAUUUGCUGCACAUGCCGUCGACGGUGAGCUCGGCAUCGUGGUACUCGACGGAGAGCGCAGAGGAGCACCUCGCGCGGCCGCCUGCGAGCCUUAUACGGGCUGCGUUCACGCGGAUGGGGGUGGGAGUUGAGGCUGCUAUGAAUCGCAGUUCCUCGUAUUCGAAUGUGGGAGGGGAGCAGAGACAGAGCAGGGGCUCGAGGCAUCUGCGGGAAGAGGCGAGAGAGGUGCGCGGGGGGGAGGGGGAGCGGAGCCGGAUAUCGCAGGCUACGACGACGUCGGCAUAUUCGCAGACGGGGGAGGGGGUGGCCCUGUGA